CACUUGCAAGCAUCGGCAACGCAAGGACCAAGAUCCCAUGCUCAGGAAGACAAAAUUUGCAGAAGGUGUGCCAUGGAGACUCCACGCCUACGUCACACCAGUAUGGUCUGAGGAGCGCCAUGGGGAAAUCUCCAUGAUGUGGGUGUCUCCACUGGGGAUUUAAAAGGGCGGAGAUGCAUCCGAUCGGAGGGCAUAGAUACAUCAGUCUUCGUCUCUUCUUUCGUUGACUAUCUCGAUUCUUCCUUCAUCGCUGCCCGCCAUGGACGAGAAAGAUUCCACGGUAGCGCCAGAGACUGCUCAGCGCACCGAAGUCGCAUCACCGCCACACCAACCGCGUGCUGAGAUUCAAGCUGCCCCGCCUCCCGACUACUCCGCUCCAAAGGCGAAGACAGAACAGCUUGAAGAUGCGCGAGGAUGGGAGUCGGAGAAUCUGAUCCAGGAUCUGGAGAAGGAGUUGGAGAAGGCUAAUUACAAGAAGGGGUUUUUCGACCUCGAGUUCAAGAAUCCCAAGCACUUCACAUGGCUACUGGUUUUAUUCGCGUCUAUGGGGGGUCUUCUUUCGGGAUUGGAUCAGUCGCUCAUCUCUGGCGCAAAUCUGAAGCUUCCCCACGACCUUGGUCUCACAGAUCGUCAGAACUCACUGGUCAAUUCCGGGAUGCCGCUUGGAGCUAUCGGUGGCGCGAUCCUUAUCUCGCCAUGUAACGAAUACUUCGGGCGUCGCUGGGCUAUCCUCAUCUCCUGUAUUUUGUACACCAUUGGUGGAGCUCUUGAAGCAGGCAGUAUCAGCUUUGGAAUGAUGGUUGCCGCACGUGUCAUCCUAGGCGCCGGUGUCGGCCUCGAAGGUGGCACUGUCCCGGUGUACGUUGCGGAGACCGUCGAGAGUAGGCUUCGGGGUAACUUGGUGUCGCUAUAUCAGUUCAACAUCGCGCUCGGCGAAGUCCUCGGUUACGCCGUUGCUGCCAUGUUUAUCAAAGUAGACGGUAGCUGGCGUUAUAUUCUCGGCAGCUCGCUUCUUUUCUCCACGAUAAUGGGCAUUGGCAUGCUCUUCAUGCCCGAGAGCCCACGGUACCUGAUGCACAAGGGAAAGCCGCUCGAGGCAUUCAAAGUCUGGCUCCGUAUCCGAGGAAUUGCCACCCACGAGGCGCGCGAGGAGUUCUUCGUCAUGAAAGUCAGCACCGAAAUGGAGGAAGCUGAGGUCGCAGCCGGACGGACCAACCGAUUCCCAUGGAUGGACUUCUUCACUAAGCCACGUGCUCGCCGCGCCAUCAUCUACGCCAAUAUUAUGAUCUUCCUUGGCCAGUUCACCGGCGUCAACGCCCUCUUGUACUACAUGAGCGUGCUGAUGUCGCAAGUCGGCUUCAACACAUACGACGCUACGUACAUGUCUUUGGUCGGCGGUGGCGCGCUCAUGAUUGGUACGAUCCCGGCUAUUUUCCUUAUGGAGACCUGCGGUCGACGAUUCUGGGCUAUUGCCAUGUUGCCUGGCUUCUUCAUUGGCCUUGUUCUGGUCGGCGUGAGCUACCAAAUCAAGUCCUUUGAGGGAACUCUCGGUGUCUAUCUCACCGGCCUCAUUCUCUACGAGCUCUUCUUCGGUUCUUACGCCGCGCUUACAUGGGUGAUUCCGUCUGAAGUGUAUCCCACGUACCUUCGCUCUUAUGGAAUGGGUACCUCAACCGGCUGGCUGUUCCUGUCGUCUUUCAUCAUCACAUACAACUUCACCGGUAUGCAGCAGGCGUUCACUCGAACUGGCCUGUCGCUAGGUUUCUUUGGCGGCAUUGCCGUCCUCGGCUGGUUCUAUCAAAUCUUCUUCAUGCCGGAGACGAAGGAUAAGACGCUCGAGGAGAUUGAUCAGCUUUUCCAGAUGCCCACAAGCCAGCUGGUGAAGCAGAAUGCGAAGAACUCGUGGGAGGUCACAAAGGACUUGGCGCAUCUCAGGUUCCGGAAGGUGUUCAUUGAGAACAACCAGACGCGUUUCGAGUAAGGGUCUUUGCUCUAGUACAUGAGACAACGACCGAUUCUUUAAUAGUACAGCGAGUAGAGGCUGCACUUCGAAGGCUAGAAGCUCCCCAAACGGGGGUGAUAGAUCAUUGCGCUGGCAUUUGGUGGGAGGGAUUUAUACGCCAAGCAGAUCUGGUCUUCAUUGGCUGUUAAACAUUCUAAUAGACAAUCUACAAGAUAUUUGGUUCCUUGUAUAUCUAUUCAUUGAUACGUUCCAGUCCUCGAGCCGUGCUCUUCAACGUGUUGUUCUUUAAACUUAAUUUUUCAACAAGCAUAGAUUGUUGUAUUAGCAUCGUACAGAAACUACCGCAACGGUUGUGACAAGAAAUCACUGGCUUUUCGACUCAAUUGCAAGCAUAGGCAAUUAUCAGACACGCUGC